AUGAAGGAAAUUGCGCCAAGAUCCUUUUAUGAUCUGUGUCAUGAUGAGUUUUUCGUUGGUAAUCGUUGUGAUCGUGGUUACCGUCAGUUUCACAGGUUAUUUUGGACAUUCAAGCCGUGUUGUGAUGCAUUUGAUUAUUGUAAACCCCUGAUACAAGUUGAUGACACUCAUCUAUAUGGCAAGUAUCGAGGCACAUUGCUCAUUGCCACAACACAGGAUGAUAUUAUGGAUCAAAUUAUAGCUUAUAUUUACACUGGAAGGAUGUAUGAAAGUUCAGAAGGUCAUGAUGAGAACAAAUAUUCUUCAUUGGAAUUGAGUGACGAUGAUGAUGUACAAUGCAUGAUAGAAGAUUUUAUGGGUCAGAAUGUGAUGCCAAUAAUGGAAUUACAUGCUGAAAUAGGUAACUUAGAAUCUUCAACAAUUUCGUUAGAAAAUUUGUCAAUUGAACGAUCACCGGUGAUGACAAGAGACGAAGAUGAAGAUGACGAAGAUGAUGAAGACUAUCAUGUUUCAUUGUCAUAUGAAAGCAUUGAUGAAUCAAAUGAAGAUGAAAUCGAUAAUUGUGAAGCAUCUGAUAGUGACGUGGAGUCAGAUGCUAUUGUUCAAAGUCCAAUGGUUGAACCAAUUUCAAUGUAUCCAUCUACUGAAGGUGGAAGUCAAUUUUGGGGUAAUUUACCUCACUACACUAAUAUCAAUUGGAGUCAUCCAGAUGAAGAAGAAAUCCCAGGGAUGGAUGUGGCUAAUAAUUGGUCUAUUGGCGAAGAUUUAUAUGUUGGAUUGGAGUUUGAGAAUAAAGAUGCAGUAAAAAAUGCAGUAAAGCAAAAUGCAAUGAGAAUGCAUCAGAGUUUUUAUGUAGUUGAAUCGAAAACGACAAAGUGGGUUGUUAGAUGUCCAAAUGCGCAUGAUGGAUGUCCAUGGUACAUGAGAGCUAUUGAGUCAAAGAAAUCUGACAAGUGGAAAGUGACUCAAUGGGGUGGACGUCAUACAUGUUUGAACAUGUCUUUGUCACAAGAUCAUAAUAAGUUAGAUUCUGAGCUAAUUGCAUCAUUUAUACAAGGAAUGGUUAACCAAGAUCCAGCAAUCAAGAUUAGCCUUAUCCAAGAGAGAAUAACAUCUCAAACUAGGUUUAAGAUAUCUUAUAGGAAGGCUUGGAUGACUAAACAAAAAGCAAUUAUUAAAAUAUUUGGUGAUCGGGAAGAAUCUUAUGCUUUUUUACCUCGGUGGCUUAAAUACAUGAAGGAAAUUGCGCCAGGAUCCUUUUAUGAUCUGUGUCAUGAUGAGUUUUUCGUUGGUAAUCGUUGUGAUCGUGGUUACCGUCAGUUUCACAGGUUAUUUUGGACAUUCAAGCCGUGUUGUGAUGCAUUUGAUUAUUGUAAACCCCUGAUACAAGUUGAUGACACUCAUCUAUAUGGCAAGUAUCGAGGCACAUUGCUCAUUGCCACAACACAGGAUGGUAAUAACAAUGUUCUUCCUCUAGCAUUUGUUGUGGUGGAAGGAGAAACAUUAAUCUGA